CACACACGGGUCGACCGGUUUGCGACUAUAGUUUCAAAUCGGUUGCAGACGCAACUGUUUGUUGACCUUGGACGUGUGCUGGAGUGGGGAUCAACACACGGGCUGACUAAACUGCAACCAGUUUGAAAUCAGUUGCCGACUGGUCGCAUGCGACCGUAUUUUCUUGUCACCAAACAGUUGCGUUGCAUAGUUUCACGUGUUUGUGAGUGCAAGAUGGGUGAUCAAGAGUUGAAUUUAAAACUUGUAGCAGAGGUCGAAAAGUACGAAGUGUUGUAUAAUUACAAAUUACCAGGAUAUUCUAGAAAGGAUAUAACUGACAAGGCUUGGCACGAGAUUGGAGUAGCAAUCAACAUGACAGCUGCGGAAUGCAAAGAAAAGUGGCGUAAUCUCCGGACAGUAUUCAUGCGAAAAAUCAAACCUUCACCUUCGGGAUCUGGCGCUAAGAAGAAGGCCUACUACCUGGCAGAGGCCAUGCAGUUUUGUUUGCCGUUUGUAAGAACAUCAGCUCCUCCUUCUACAGGAAAUUUACCAGAGGUUCCUAACUGUAGCGACGUAAAUACCGACGAAACUUUAUUGGAAUCACAAAUAUUGGAUGAUAUUCCAGAUGAUCCUUCAAUUGAAUCACCGCACUCGCCGUCAAUAGUACAGGAUAAUACUUCCCGGUCAUCCCCAAUCAUACCAAUACAACCUCAUACCAGCUCACAGCAAUCGUCCAUUCCGAAUGAAGGUAAAAAACGACUUUAA